CUGACAUCAGAACUCCUCCGGAUUUGCCUUACUUUUCCCCUUUCCUUCCACCCAGACACGACCUCCCGACCGCGGCGCGGACGGACCCCGGCGCCCAGCGAGUCUGCGCGGCCGCUCCGAGCAUGCUCAGUAGCGCGCGCGGCGCCCCGGAGCUGCUCCGCCGAGCUGCGGCCGACGCCGAGCUCUUCGCGGCUGCUGCGGGAGCGACAGGAAGUGAAGCGGCCCCGCCGGGCGACUGCGGCGGCAGAACCCGGGGCGGAAGGGGCGCUGCGGCAACGACGUCGUUGUCGACGGGGGUGGCCCAGGGAGCUGAGUGCCGAGGGGACUCGCUCGCUCGGAAGCCGGAUCUCCAGCCGGGCAGGAUGGAUCAUCACCAGCCCGGGACUGGCCGCUACCAGGUGCUUCACAAUGAAGAGGACAAUUCAGAAUCACCUUCUGUAGAGCAGCCAUCUACUUCACACCCGUCACCACAGACCAUGCAGACUGCUCCCUCAGCACCAGCACUUGCAACUGACUCUUCUCCCCCACCAUACAGUAGUAUCACUGUGGAAGUACCUACAACUUCAGAUACAGAAGUUUAUGGGGAAUUUUUUCCUGUGCCACCUCCUUACAGUGUUGCUACCUCCCUCCCUACAUACGAUGAAGCAGAGAAGGCCAAAGCUGCUGCCAUGGCAGCUGCAGCAGCAGAAACAUCUCAGAGAAUUCAGGAGGAAGAAUGUCCACCAAGAGAUGACUUCAGUGAUGCAGACCAGCUCAGAGUGGGUAAUGAUGGCAUUUUCAUGCUGGCAUUUUUCAUGGCCUUUAUUUUCAACUGGCUUGGAUUUUGUUUAUCCUUCUGUAUCACCAACACCAUAGCUGGAAGGUAUGGUGCUAUCUGUGGAUUUGGCCUUUCAUUGAUCAAAUGGAUCCUAAUCGUCAGGUUUUCUGAUUAUUUUACUGGAUAUUUCAAUGGACAGUAUUGGCUUUGGUGGAUAUUUCUUGUACUUGGCCUGCUCCUUUUCUUUAGAGGAUUUGUUAAUUAUCUAAAAGUCAGAAAUAUGUCUGAAAGUAUGGCGGCUGCUCAUAGAACAAGAUAUUUCUUCUUAUUAUAGAGAUUGACCACAGGAGAUGUAUGAAGUAACCACCAGCGCAAAAUUUGAAGGCUUGAAAAACAAACAAAAUAUGACAAAGUACUUUACACAGAAGGGAUGGGAAUUUUGCAUAAAACAAUGUGAAAUUCACAUAGACAUCUGAUGAAAAAAAACAAAACAAAACAAAAAGCAAAUCUCUGAUUGAAAAACAAUUUGCCAUGCAGUCAUUUUAACAAUCUGGAUCAAGGAAUAAAAAUUGUGUGAAGAAAAUAGGAGCUCUGUUGCUGUUUUCUUAAUGUGUCAGUGUGCAUCAGCAGGGAAAGCUACAACUUGAAUAAAAGGAAUAUAAAGAAAUGAGCGGGGGUUGUCUUACUAGCUGAAAGUUUCUGGAGGCAUUAUAUAGAGCAAUAACAUUUAUCUGUCGUGCAGCCAGGAGUAGUUGUACAUAAAGAGACCUGAUAUCUUUAAACCCUAUCUUGUAUUUUAUUUUUAUUUUCCUAUUGUUUUUUAAAACAACUCCAUAUACUUCAUAUCUAUAAAUAAUUUAAACUUUAAAAGUAUUUGAACUCCAUAAGCAAAAUGUCUACUAAAACACUUCUGAAUGUAGAACUUCAGGACAAAGCUGAAGUUUAGGGUUACUAUCCUUUUUUAUAAAUAAAUUGUAUGGUUUAUGAUUUGAUUAAGUUUUAUUUAUAAAUUCAUAUGCAUUUUACAUAAGCUAUAUUAUUUACUUAUUUCCAUUGAAGAGUACAAUGAAUAUAGUUGUAUUUUUGGAUUACAUUAAAAUACCAUUUUAGGUGUUCCAUUAAGAUACCUCCCUUAAGGAUGUCACAUCUCAACAAGUAAAGUGUCUGCAAACAGUGGCAUUAAGAGUUUGUCACCAUUAAAAAUAAGGUAAAAAGACCAAAUAAUUAGAAUGGUAUGCUAUGAAUAGUGUGAAUAUCUUGUAUGCAUUUUGAAAAGUCUAAAAUAUAAUGUAAAUAUGCUCUGAAAAAUUUCAGGAGUAUCCAAUCUGGGUCCCUCAGGCCCCAUGCUUAUUUUGUGGAGACUUUUUUUGCUUAUCUGUGUCAGAUAUCAUGAAAAGUAUGCAUGGACUUUUUGCUAGUGUUUGUGUAGUUAACAUGUGGCCCAAGACAACUCUUUUUUUGUUUGUUUUGGAAACAGAGUCUUGCUCUGUCACCCAGGCUGGAGUGCCAUGGCCUUAUAAGCCUAGCUCACAGCAACCUCUAACUCCUGAGUUCAGUGAAGCCUCCUGAGUAGCUAGGGCUACAGCUGCCUGCCACAAUGCCCACGUAAUUUUUCUGUUUUUUGGUAGAGAUGGGGUCUCGCUCUUGCUCAGGUUGUUCUUAAACUACUGAGCUCAAGUGAUCCUCCUCCUCAGCCUCCCUGAGUUAGGAUUAUAGGUGUGAACCACCUCACUCAUCCCCAAGACAAUUCUUAUUCUUCCAGUGUUCAGCAGAGGGAAAAAAAAAGGUUGUAUAUCCCUGCAUCUCAGACUUUUAUAUACUGCUGUAUGUUAUCUUUAUCAGAAGAACGUUAUUAAUUUAUGCCAUACGAUUAUAAGAUAGUUUUUUUAUUGUAUUAUAAUUUAGAUAAAUACAACUUAAUACAUUUUAAGACUAAUUAUUUCUUUGUCCCUAGACUGCAUCAACCCGACAUUCCUUUCUUAUGCCAAUGUGAAAUUUUCAAAUCAUCUAUAAACCUACAACUUUAAUAGGAUAGAAGACUACUAAUAAUAGAAGACAAAUUAGUGAAGAAAAGAUAAGCUUCAAAAUUGAAUAGCAGGGUGGUUUAUACUUAAGUUCAUUUCUGUUUCAUUUGUUUUGCACAUAUGCACAUUUCUGCAUUUGAAAGAUUUGCAUACACUUGAAAGAAACCAUAAAGUUGUAGUAGUAAAGUCCAGUCACAUUUGGUUAAUCAGUGUUUGAUAUAAUUGAAAGAGUUGAGUGGUAAAGAGUCUUCCAGCAUGUAAAUGCCAUUGACUUCUGACUUGACAUUUAGUGUAAUAAAAAUGAAAUUAUUGACCAUGUCAAAUGCUUUAGUUUCUGGCUCUUCAAUUCAUUAUUCUACACAUGCAACAUCCUUUGUUCUAUAUGAAGUUUAUUAAAACCUGCAGUGCUGAUUAUUGGAAAGGAUUUGUCAGAUUUUUUAACAUGAUACAACAUUGUUAUUUAGGAAAACUCUUCCUGUAAAUAACCAUGGAUAAAAGUACUUUUUGCAUUGUUAUCUUAUAAAUUGUGUCUACAUAUCUUUUAAUUAAUUUUAAAUUAAGUGAACUAAAUAUAUAUAGAGAGAGAAAAUUUGAGUGUUAAAGAUAGAAUUUGUUUUUAAGACAAGUAUUAAGAAAAUGUGAGUGUACCAAAUGUCCUUUAUGAGAAAAAAAAUCUUUUAAGGGACAUAGGGAUUUUCCAAUAAGAAGCCUGGUUUUUAGAAUUGCCUAUCUUACAGAUUCUUGCAGGAAGAGGUUGUAUUAGAUAUUGUAUUUAUUUCAUUGAAGAUAAUUUUGAAAAUUAAUUUUCCAAAUAUUCUCAUUUACAUUUGUCUUCUAAAAAAUCCAAUAAAAGUAUCUAUAAAUAUCAUUGUAAUAAUUUUUUGUUUAGAUGUUUAAUUUGUUAAGCUUAGCAAAUAAACUUUUGUGCUAUUAA